UCAGGGUCCUGAGGUUCAUACUGAUUAUCUUCCAAGGGUCAUUUUGAAUUUCAGUAGUCACUGAUAAACAUAGGACGCGUUAGAAUGGGAAUAUAUUUUAUUUGCGGUUUGCUGUUUGCAUACUUUGCUUUGCCUGGAACCUUACGUGGAGAUUUGGCUUUCCGAUGCCCAAGUUGUACAGCGGAGCGUCUGGCUUUAUGUCCCAAAGUCACAGCAGCAUGUACAGAAAUAGUACGAGAGCCUGGUUGUGGCUGCUGUCCACUGUGUGCCCGGCUGGAGGGGGAGCUUUGCGGGGUCUAUACCCCGAGGUGUUCCGGCAGCCUGAGGUGCUACCCGAGCACAGACUCUGAAUUACCUUUGCAACAACUCAUCCACGGUUUAGGACGAUGUGGACAAAAAGUGGAUUUGGAUGUCACAACAACUCUGGACCAUGAGGCUACAAAUGAGGUGCAAGGGACCGAGAAUCCAAACACCAAAAGACCUGCCAUGGAGGCGUGGUUUUGGAUGGAGUCCGCCAGGCAGCAACACCUGAACGAGCGCAAAACCAAGAUGAAGACGAAUCAACUAGAGGACCCUCGAACCCAGAAAGUGCUACAGAGCGCCUGUCAGCAGGAGCUGGACAAGGUCUUAGAGGAGAUCUCCAAAAUGACCUCUGAGGAUAACAGAGGCCCGCUGGAGAACCUUUACGUUCUCAAAUUUCCAAACUGUGACAGACAUGGACUGUACAACCUCAAACAGUGCAACAUGUCCACCCACGGCCAGCGGGGCGAGUGCUGGUGCGUUAACCCCUUGACCGGAGUCCAGAUUCCCGCAACGCCUAAAGUCAGAGGGGAUCCCAACUGUAACCAGUUCCAGGAGGAGCUGAGAGCGAUGCCCACGGAAGCAGCGUCUUAUUAGCACAGCUCAGCACAUCCUGUGAUGGGGUUGGGUUCUCUCCAAAAAUUACAAAUCUGGGAGGAAAAAUUGAAGAAGAAUAUUUGACAAUUUGUCUCUUUUUUUUUUUUUUUUUUUAAUUUACAAGGUUCAAGGUUAAAGUAUACUAAACUACCUAAAGAAUAAAGUCGGCAUUAGUAUAUUUCACCUGUUGUCAACCAAUCUCACGAAAAGUCCAUCUCUCAAUGCUUUCUAAAUUCCCUAGCUUAUCUGUGGGACUCAGACCCAAGCCUGUGUAUUCCUAAAAAGAAAUGUAAUAUUUAAAAAGGAGGCACAAAUAUAUAUCUUUUUUUUCCAAGUAACGUCCUGAAACAGCUGGGCACUGUCGUUUUUAGCAAAUGUUAAUCAAACUGAAGUGAAUGGUUCAUUUGUUGGGAACUAUUUUUAGCUGUGGAUUAAUACACAUUUGGUGUGCUAGUAAGUGUUUGACUCAAACUAUAGUGCUUGUAAUAAAUCUCAUUGUAAUAAAGAAACCACCCAGUGCAUUUAUAGAGGAAAAAGUUACAUAAGGUCUUGGAUACUUGCCCGUAGGAUCUUUUCAUUGUUGCUUUCAGUCAUUUCAUGGGAUUUGUUAACAACAGAAAAUACAUACUGUAUAGAAUAUUACCAGCUUUAUCCUUUAAAGCUGCAUUAAUUAUUGUUUUUCUGUUUGUUUUUUUGGCCACUUGGGGGCAGCAGAACAAGCUGUUAACACAUUUGACAUAUUAUUAAUUUAUAGGCAAAUAUUCCAACAAACAACUGCCCAUUCCAGCAGACACAGAGCAAAAGUCCUUUGGAGUUGUGUUUUUGACCCCCUGACAAAAAAAAGUCCAAUAUUCACUCUUGUUUUAACUCUCUUUGGAUCUCCACCAACUCCUGAGAAAAAAUAUAUGGCUCUUUAGCCGCUAAAUGCUCCACUAUGUUCGCUAACUUUGUCUGUCUGCUGCCUGGUGCUGUGCAGCUAGCGUAGACCUACAGUGGGUUUAGUGGGUACAGUGGGUAUAGGCUAAUGAGAGUGGUGAGACGGCACCAACACAGUAAAGCAAAGAAAAUCAAAACAAGAGACUAAAUGCUCUUCAGAGCUGAGGGGAACUGCAGAGUUGGGUGAUAAUUGUCUGUGGGUUUGUCUCUAUGAGCGACCACUUUCACAUUGCACAGAGUCAUUUGGUCUGUAGACGGGUUUCUAUGUGACGUCAUCACAGAGAGAUGCGUUCGCAGCUAGGGUGGCAGAAAGCACGGCAUGUCUAGCAGAGCCAAGCUGCAAAGCAGAGACGACAAGGAGUUGUUUUGCAGUAGACUGCACCAACCGCAGUAAACAUGGACUGAAAAUGUUUAAUAGUCUGAGGGGAUCACAUGCCUUUGCUAAAAACAGAAGGAGAUUAUGGAUCCAGGCCUGGCGGGCAAAAGCAUUCUAGUCACACAGCGCUAGCAAAGCAGUGGGUGGUCAUGGCGAGAUGUCACGCUCCACAGAUCAAUAAAAAUGAACUGAUCAGCAACAGUGUGAUUGACCCACACUCUAAGGAAAUAUUUAUAUACAUUUAGUGACUAUGCCUUAAAACUUAAUUACGGCUCCAAAUUGCUGUAACGUUACGCGACUACGGUGGGGAUAAGCUCACUCCGGCAUGCCGUAACGUUACAUUUUGAAGGGAAGACGUCUGGUAGACGAUCAAGAAGCGGCCAUGGAAGCUAACGUUUGUUUAAAUUGGAAUCAGACAUAUCUGCAAUAAUGUAUUGACUUUUGGCGUUACGUUUGCGACUGAGGGCUAACCGCUAACGCAGCAACAUGCUAUUAAAUAGAGAGCCGUCAGGUGUCUAAGUUUAACGUUCACCUGCCCAACAUACAAAGAGCUGCUGUGUGACUGGUUUUACUAAUAACAAGACCAAAAUCCACACUUCCAGUUUUAUAUUAAUGUUAUACCUGUUGAGGAAUCGCUAAAGAAAAAGUGUCUGGCGGCGGCCAUCAAGUGAGGCUCACGUAACUUGAACUCCGACCGGAUUGUCAACCAAACAGACCCUGACUCCCCCAGGUCAAAAAUCACACUUAAGUCUGAUCUAACGUUAGACAUUUCAUAACACGAUUACGACCAGCUGCCAAAGCGGUUUUGCCCCCUGCAUGCGCGCGCCACCAGUAAUGUUUGUAUAAAAGAAACCCGUCUAUUGUUAGUAUAGAAAUAUUGAUUAGUGCAGCAUUAAGGUUAAACCUACUAAGGCUUUUAUUUGCAUUCAAAGGACUUAUACACUAUAUCACUAACUGUUAUGAUUUUGUAUUUCUUUUUAGGUUACCAAUGUAACAUCUGUCCAGUACUACAGAAACAAUAAUUGCCUUGGCUUACUCUGCAUUUAUGUUUAUCUCAUCUACACUGAAACUGUUACAUAAACCAAUAAAUAAAAAAACAUUCUGCAUACUUUUAUUCACAUGUGUUCAUAUGUUGACAUGAAUUUCAGAUAAAAAGUAACUGUGA